UUACAAUACUACACAUACAUACAGACAUACAGAACUACUACUAGCCUACUUGACAUACAGAAAAGCCAAGCCAAAACUGUAACUGUCAACUUUCAAUUCUAAAAAAAAAAAAUAAAUAAAUAAAACCCUGAUAGUAGGGUAUAAUAUUUUAACAACAUAACAGAAAUCUCUGUUGCAAUCAAUUCAGAAAAAAAAGGUAUUUAUGACAGCACAAACACUGAAAGAAAAGGCCACGUUUGUUGCCAGUGAAGAAAUGUGUUUUAUAUGAAAGAGGGCCUGUUCUGCUCUGAGCGCUGACUGGAUUGGGCAACAGGCCAAGGUGGAUUGGUCGUGAGUUUGCGAAGCCUACAGAGACGCUCCCCACCUCCCUUAAGUCUUGAGCAAGAGAUGCCAGUAUACCGCUUCUAUUAAAACGCUGAGAGCCACAGCAAUGUCGGAUUUAAUAACUGAUGAGACUUUACCAAACCUCAACGCGUUUCUACAGGCAGAUCCGUAUAUACGACACUAUGAGGGAGAGCUGCGCAAAAGAUACAAGCAGUUUGCAGAGCGCCUGGCACAGCUGGAGGAGGCGGAAGGGACCUUUGAUCGCUUCACACUGAGCUACCAGUCCUUCGGAAUUCAGCGGCGAUCCGACAACGCUCUGGUCCUUAGGGAAUGGGCCCCAGGAGCGGAGGCCGUCUUCCUGACUGGGGAUUUCAAUUCCUGGGAAAAACAGUCUCACCCUUUCACGCAGACAGAGUUUGGGAAAUGGGAACUAUUCCUCUCUCCAGAAUUGGACAAAUCUCCUGUCAUCAAGCACCUGACCAAACUCAAGCUUGUGGUCCUGACCAGAACAGGUGAAUAUCUGUUUCGGAUCUCUCCUUGGGCCAAAUAUGUCACAAAAACGCUGGAUUCUGUCACCUAUGACUGGACCCACUGGGACCCACCACAACCAUACCAAUUCCAGCACCCCAGACCCCCACGGCCCAGCAGUCUUCGUAUCUACGAGGCCCAUGUGGGCAUUGGUUCGCCUGAGGAAAAGAUUGCCUCGUACAAAAACUUCACCCGAGAUGUGCUUCCUCGCAUUAAGGAUCUUGGAUAUAACUGUGUCCAGCUCAUGGCAAUCAUGGAACAUGCCUACUAUGCAAGCUUUGGCUAUCAGGUUACUAACUUCUUUGCAGCUUCCAGCCGUUUUGGCAUUCCUGAUGAUCUGAAGCAUCUGGUUGAUACCGCACACUCCAUGGGCAUCACGGUUCUGCUGGAUGUGGUCCACAGUCACGCCUCCAGCAACACAGAAGAUGGGCUGAAUUACUUCGAUGGGACCGAUUCCUGCUUCUUUCACGGAGGCUCCAGAGGGAACCACUCACACUGGGGCAGUCGACUCUUCAAUUACUCCAGCUGGGAGGUAGUGCGGUUCCUCCUCUCCAACCUGCGCUGGUGGAUGGAGGAGUAUCACUUUGACGGCUUUAGGUUUGAUGGCGUGACCUCAAUGCUGUACCACCACCAUGGCAUCGGCACAUCAUUUUCUGGGAACUAUGGCGAGUACUUCGGAAUGCAUGUGGAUGAAAACGCGGUUGUCUAUCUGAUGCUGGCCAAUCACAUUUUGCACACACUCUACCCACAAUGCAUCACUCUGGCAGAGGAUGUAUCAGGGAUGCCAGGUCUGUGCAGGUCCAUUGAAGAGGGAGGACUGGGCUUUGAUUAUCGUCUGACCAUGGCCGUGCCAGACAAAUGGAUCCAGGUCCUGAAGGAAAUUCGGGACGAGGACUGGGAUUUGGGGAACAUUGUUUACACGCUGACCAACAGAAGGAGAGGGGAGGCAUCUGUCACUUAUGCUGAGAGCCAUGACCAGGCGUUGGUUGGGGACAAGUCACUGGCAUUUUGGCUGAUGGACAAAGAGAUGUACACCAACAUGAGUGCUCUCAUUGCUAUGACGCCUGUUAUAGACCGUGGCAUCCAGCUGCAUAAACUCAUUCGUCUCCUCACUCACAGUCUGGGAGGGGAGGGCUACCUCAACUUCAUGGGUAACGAGUUCGGCCAUCCGGAAUGGCUUGACUUUCCUAGGAAAGGAAACAACGAGAGCUACUAUUAUGCCCGUCGCCAGUUCAACCUUGUGGAUAUUGAGCAUCUGCGAUACCGACAACUAUACGCUUUCGACCGUGACAUGAAUCUUACAGAAGACAAAUACGGCUGGCUGGCUGCUGGUCAGGCGGCAGUCACGACUUUGAAUCAAGCUGAUAAGGUGAUCGUAUUUGAACGCGCAAACCUGCUGUUUAUUUUCAACUUCCAUCCCUGCAACAGCUACAUUAACUACAGGGUGGCAGUGGAGCAUGCUGGGAAAUAUAAGAUCAAAUUGAACUCGGACGAGCUGCAAUAUGGGGGUCACGGGAGGCUUGUGCAGGACACAGAGUUCUUCACAGAGCCCAUGCCUUUCAAUGGCAGAGCCCAAUCAUUUCUGAUCUACAUUCCUUGCAGAACUGCUCUGAUUCUGGCAAAGGAGGACAUUGAUUUCAGACAAUGAGGAGUAUGAUGAUGAAUGGAGCUGGAACUUGCAUCAUAUCCCAGAAUGCUGUGCAACCCUACAUCUGUAUUAUGUUCAUAAAGCGAAAAUUGUUAUUGUCCCAUAGUUUAUAGGUCCGGUAUUUUGUUCCGUGUGCACAAAAGGAGAUAACUAAUAAAAUGUCCAAGCUGCUCUACUCCAUGCCGUACCAAACUCGGUUCUGGAGGACCACUGUCCUGCAUAGAUUAGCUCCAUCUUUCCUCAACACACCAUGCCUGGAAGUUAGUAUGCCUAGUAAAUCCUUGGGUGUGUCUGAAAUUGCAUACUUCUCUUGAGUAGUUUCUUAUUUUGAAUAAGUAUUUACUUCAUGACCACUAAAAAAGUAUGUUCUUUAUAGUAUUAAUGUGUGUAAUAUGAAUGUAAUUUGGACGUACUACUGUACAUUCGCUAUGCUGUCAUCAUCACGUGACCUACCAGCAUCAGUUGUGUCUCAUCAGAAAUCCUCUCCCAUGGCCUCAUAGUAAAGUGUCUAUGAUAUGCUUACUUCAGAAUCUCGCCAGAAGAAGUAGGUCAUCCGGAUACUUUUUGCCUACUCUUUUAUAAAUACUGUGAAUUCGGACAUAUUUCCUUUGUCAUAUACUGUUUUCCAUCUACUAAAUAGUAGGGAAGUAUGUCAUUUCAGACGCAGCCCUUGAUUAGCUGUUCAGGUGUGUUUAAUUGGGGUUGGAGCUAAACUCUGCAGGACAGUGUCCCUUCAGAAACAGGAUUGGACGCCACUCUUUAAUGCAUUACGAAAACACAGAGAUUUUAAUGUGCUGUUGUGAACAUUCAUUCUAGAUGCAUUCUGAAUGGAUAUUGCUUGUGUUAUGACAUCAGCAAGGUCAGCUUGCUCUAUUUCUCUCCAUGUCUCUAUUCAUCCCGCUUUCCCUCUUUCUCCCCAUAACCUUAUCCUGUCUUCACUUAGCCUUAAAUGCCUCCAAUCCAUGAUUCUGAUUUAGUGGGCCAUUAAAAAGUUUUACAGCACCAGCUGACAUCAUGGGCCAGUCGGAUGUGUUAGCGAAUAUGAAUCUCCUGGGCCUCGCGGAGAAUCUAGUGUCCUCUCCAGGGAAGAAGAAUUCCCUUGUAACAGAUCCCUUGGGUGUGAGGUCUCAGCAGCUGUUCUGACACAACAGGAGACAAAAUUCCCACCUAGUAAUUACUCUAAUUAACACUUUUUUUCCCUUAAUGCAUUUAAUUAAAUUGCUUCGGUUUAAUCUAUUGCAGCACUUUAAUUUUGCCAGAGCUCUCAGCCCAAGCUUUUAAACACUAAUAAGACGGUAUAUCAAUAUUUAAGACAUUCUUGUCCUUAUAGUGGAGUUAUAGUAUAGUGGAUUGCUUCCACAAGCAGCAGCCAGGGUGGUCAAAUAAACAUUAAAACAACUGUGUGAGUGCAUGUACACUAAGUUGUGUGGGGGUCAUAUUGUAUGCUAUGAAAUAUUUUAUUUUUACUAGGUUUCAUUUUAUGUUAUAAUAUCUGUUCUGUUUUUCCUUCAAAAAUAAAACAACAUUUGAUUAAAGUCCAUUUUUAUGUGCGUCAGCCAUCUUUCAUCCUAAAAACAUUGCAAAAACAGUUUGGA